AUGUCCCGAUUUAGACUGGAACCUGCUGCACUUCCAUAUUUGUCGCGGUGGCUCCGACAACAUCCACAAGUUCUUGCUCUCCCAUGGAAACCGUCUGUUCGAAGAGCUGAGCGAUCGAAUGCCAUCGACGUGCUGUGCUCAGGUGUAAUUGGUGAUGAGGUUUCAGUGGACCACUGGCAGCAGUAUUUCACGGAACCGGUCAACCCCUUAACUCCGGAAGAUCGCAAAGAAUGGUUGGCGAAGCAGAGCGGAGUGGUGAUGAGCUCGGAUGCGUUCCUUCCAUUUAGGGAUAACAUCGACUGUGCAAAGCAGUUCGGAGUGAUGUACAUCGCUCAUCCGGGCGGAUCGGUCCGAGAUGAGGAUAUCAUUGAAGCGUGCGAUGAACAUGGCAUUACCCUCAUUCACACGGGUCUUCGCCUGUUCCAUCACUGA